CCCACCGUAACCAGAGGCCACCACCAUGACGAGGGACCAGAAUGGAACCUGGGAGAUGGAGAGUAACGACAACUUUGAAGGCUACAUGAAGGCCCUGGAUAUUGAUUUUGCCACCCGCAAGAUCGCUGUGCGUCUGACUCAGACGAAGAUCAUUGAGCAAGAUGGCGAUAAGUUCAAGACAAAAACCAACAGCACGUUCCGAAACUAUGACUUGGAUUUCACAGUCGGGGUGGAGUUUGAUGAGUACACAAAGGGCCUGGACAACCGGAAUGUUAAGACACUGAUCAUCUGGGAAGGUGAUGCCCUCGUGUGCGUGCAGAAGGGGGAAAAGGAGAACCGAGGCUGGAAGCAGUGGGUCGAGGGGGACAAGCUGUACCUGGAGCUGACAUGCGGUGACCAGGUGUGCCGUCAAGUGUUCAAGAAGAAGUGAUGGCCAGAGGGGGGGCCUAAGGAGCAUGUGCUCUACAGUCUCCAGGAAGAGUUUUCUGCUGGCUUUGGGAGAACAGCCACAGGGACUCUCCCACUCCUGACAGCCCAAUGGGACAUCUAGAUGGGUUUUAAACAGAAUGAGUGUGUAACAGUGACAGGCAUAAUCUUCCAUCCUUGAAAGCUGGCAUUAAAUGAAAAA